GCGGCUGGCUAUUUCCAAUGAACAGUCUAGUUUGAAACGCGCACGGUGAAGUUCUCUACAUAACAAACAUGUUCUACAUUAUAGUUUUGUUAAUAGUUCUCUUUAUAUUAUACGGUGUGAGAAAUUUCGGAUAUUGGAAGAAACGUGGCAUAAAACAUGACAUUCCUUUACCCUACGUUGGGAAUAACUUGAGGAACUUUGUACAAAAAAGCAGUAUAGCCAUGCUGGCAACGGAGUUGUACAAGAAAUAUCCCGAUGAGAAAGUUGUAGGUUUCUACAGAAGCACCGCGCCUGAGCUUCUGAUAAGGGACCCUAAUUUAGUGAAAAGAAUAUUGGUUACUGAUUUCCAACACUUUUAUGCCAGAGGAUUUAAUACACAUAAAACGGCAAUUGAACCAUUGUUGAAAAAUUUGUUUUUCGCUGACGGAGACUUGUGGCGUUUGAUAAGACAGCGAUUUGGUACAGCUUUUAGUACAGCUAAAAUUAGGGCGAUGUUUCCAUUUAUAACAGAGAGGGCAGAGAAGCUCCAGUUAUUGGCAGAAGAGGUCGAAUCUUUGGAAUAUUAUGAUGUAAGAGAGCUGAUGGCACGGUACACUACCGAUUUUAUUGGCGCUUGUGGUUUCGGCAUAAAUAUGGAUUCUCUGAACAAUGAAAAUUCAGAAUUUAGAAGACUUGGUAAAAGAAUAUUCUAUAGGACACCUAGAGAUGCUGCUGCCGCCGCUCUGAAGUUCAUGUUUCCUGAGCUGUGUAAAAAUAUACAUUUUUUAGCACCAGAUUUAGAGGAAUCAGUUAUUUCAUUAGUGCGACAUAUUCUACAAGCACGAAACUACACGCCUUGUGGUAAUAAUGACUUCAUAGAUUUAUUGUUGGAAUUACAGGAAAAGGGAAACAUUUCUGUAGAAUCUUUAGAAGAAAGGGAUGAAAAUGGUGUAGCAAAGGUAGUUGAGCUGAAACUUGAUGACUUGUUACUCACUGCGCAAAUUUUCGUAUUUUUUGGAGCUGGUUUUGAAACAUCGUCUACAACUUCUAGUUUUACACUACACCAGCUGGCAUAUAACUCUGAUCAUCAGAGAAAAGUACAGGAGGAAAUUGAUAGAGUUCUUCUUAAACAUGGCAAUAAAAUAACAUACGAAUCUGUGAAUGAAAUGCAUUAUCUAGAGAAGGCAUUUUACGAAGCAAUGAGAAUGUAUCCUGCGGUUGGAUUUUUAAUCAGAAAAUGUACUACUCCGAACUACACGUUCCCUGAAUUAGGACUGACUAUAGAUGAAGAUGUGAAAGUUAUUAUUCCAAUUCAAGCUUUCCAUAGAGAUGAAAAAUAUUUUUAUGAGCCAGAUGUUUAUAAUCCUGAUAGAUUUACUAGUGCCCAAGAUCUAAAAACUAAUUAUUUCAUGCCGUUCGGAGAAGGACCGCGAGCUUGUAUUGCUGCUAGACUAGGAAAAGUCCUAGCCAUGGCCGGCAUAGCUGCCGUUCUUCAGAAGUUCAAUGUAGAGCCGUGCGAGAAAAGCGUAAUGGAACCUCUCCCGGAUCCAAUGGCAGUGGUUUCUGAAGGUUUUAUUGGUGGACUACCGCUGAAACUGAGAAAGAGAGAAUCAGUGCCGUGAACUGUGAUACGUUCGGGAUUUAAAAGUAUUGGACACUUAGCAUAGUCGGUUUGAUUAUCUUCUGAUGUAACAAAAACCAAUUAUAAUUACAUGGAAAGGUAUCGAAGUAAAUUAGCAGGAAUUAAUAAAAAGUGUAAGACUUGUGGGGCGAUGGGUUAAGGAAGGGGAUAAUUAACAGGUGUCAUAACUCGUAUUCAUUCCGAAUUAAUAAUUAAACUAUUUUAAAUAAUAAAAAUAUUCUUUUGAUUGGAUUUAUUUUUUUUAUUGUAAAAAUAAAUCCAAUCAAAAUUUACUUAGAUUUAAUAGCAAAAUUUUCUACAAAUUGCUUAGGUAUUUUUAAUUCCAUGCUACUUUUACCGUUAUCUACCAAAAUUGGAAAGAAAAAAUGGAAAUUGUAAUAAUUUUAUAAAACGCAAAGUUUUCUUUAUUCGUUAUCAUGAAAAGUCAUUAAACAAAACUCAAACUAGAUAAGGGUUAGUCAUUACAUUAUUUUAAUCAUAAAAUAUAUGACACAAGGUCAUAUAUUUUGACGAAAACGAUUUGAGACUCUGACCAUGAACUUGAUAUGAAGUUAUGCGUGUUUUAUAAGGCGUAGGUGUUAAUGACCCAUGAUUUUAACGGAGUUAUGGACGAAACGUUUGCCGAAUAAUUUAGCAGUUAUAUUCUCUGGUACAGGAAUUAUGUAGAUACAUUCUUAUCUUACAGGUAUUAUUAAGUAGUUUUAAAACAUUUAUGCCUUUAAUUUAUUUUGAGCUUUGGUAUACUAAAGUUAAGUUUUAUAUAUAUUGUUGAAAAUAAUAAAUAAUAAUAAACUGAA